AAAAUGUCAAUGUAAGUUAGCCACAACUGUGACAUUAUUACAACGCCACGUACACGUAUGUCGCAUAAUUUUCUUUGGAAAUAUCUGAAAUUAAUUUAACCAGACGUCGCCAUGGCCAGCAAAUUAAAUAGCCAAAAGCCGAAAGAUACUGACAAUGAAAUAUCAUCAAAGAAAAUGAAAUCAAAUGAAGAAAUCGACGAACCUGAUAGCGAUCAAAAAAUGUCUGUCGAACUCAGUCUCGAAAUUGUUUUUCAAGGAUUCAAAGCUCCCCCAGCUUUAAACGAAGAGGGUGUUCUAGACGAUUUGCCACGGUUUCUGGCAAAGCAUGGCUCUCAAAUCACAAAAUUAAAUUACGCCGACGACCCAGGUGAAAAGAACAGACAGCUCAUACUUCAGCUUUGCCACAACAUAAGCGAAGUUACAUUCGAGUUCACUGAAUAUCCGGAUCAAGUUGACGAUGACGAUUCACAACGUCUGGUCAAGUUUUUGACCGCUCUGGCCCCAGGCUUAACGCGCUUGGAAACAAUAAACAAUCUCAUUGGCCUCCACUAUCUGUCGUGCAUGGGCUUCAUUUACGAGAGCUUUAACGACAAAAUCAAAUUUGUGAAAACCGAUGAACUGAAACCGGAAGAAUUGUCAGUUCUAUCCGGGGAUAAUAACAAGGACAAUCCUGCACUGUCAUUGGAAGAGCUUGUCUACUGCGACAAUGACUUCCUGUACUCAACAAAGCGUAACAAUCGAUCAGCGAAUCAUUGGCUCUGAAACCGGCAUCUUUGACUGAUUUGGUGAAGCUAACCAAUUUGCGAAGCAUUGAUCUGCCAUUCUUCCUCUCGAAGGAUAAGAUACCGCCAGUUGUCGCUCCAUUACCAUUGCUGAAUUACGCUUCCAUCAGACUGCUGUCACAUAAUAGAGGAAAGGUAGCAACCUCAUCGUUCACCGAGAACAUCGGUAAAGCAUUGGCCAAUGUGAUCGAACUGAAGCUAACCUUCGCUGAUCCUGGUUUAUUUGUACUGACGAGCAUAUUGAAGAAUUGCGUCAAAUUGGAGAAGCUUGACUUGAUCUCUUAUCACGUGCAUGAUAAUUAUGUUAUGGGCCUACCGACAUUAUCAGCUAUCAAAAAUAGCUUUAAACAACUUGACGCUACAAUCAGCUAUAAAUCUCACGCGAUGGACGUAAUUUUACGUCUCAUGAGCAAUACGCCAACGCUCGGAACAAUCAACAUUGUUGGUAUCGACUGCAAAGACGACUUGCAUAAGAUCAGUGCAGCUGGAAUUGCAUUGAGUGAAAAGGUUGAGCACAAUGUCCAAAUGAAUUUAACAGUGCGGAAUUUGGCUGCGAGAGACCUUCCAGCCGGUAUACCAGAUAAUUUGAAAAUUGAAGUUCGUUCGAGCAAAUACUGAAAUUAUAUUCAAAUAGCUUUCCAUU